AUGGCUGUUUUUGGAUCGUUCCGCAAGUGGCUGAGCCUCAAGCAGUACCAACUCGAGGUCACUUUCAGCGUGUACAUGUUCACGCCAUGGGAGAAGUUCUUCUUCAGCUCCAUCGUCUUUCUCCUCUUCAGCCUGACCUUCAUCGCUGCCUGUCUCUACCUCCCGCACCACAUCUCCUUCCUCGUCGGCCGCGCGUGGUACUACAUCAACGGAGAGCACAUCGACGUCGCCGAGGUUGUGCAAGAGGCUGUCAAGGAUAUGUCGGCGAGUGCGCUAUCGGGGGCCACAUCGAGCGCAGUGGAUGUCACCAAGGAGACCGUCGAGACGGUUGUGAGGGAGCUAUAA